AUGCAAUCCUCACAUGUAUCAUUGGUGAAUUAUGUUCUUCAAAAAAGUCAGCCUGGCAAUGUACAACAUGUAAUCGAUACUAUCGAUAGAUUCGGUUGGACUAAACAAUGGUUGAUGAAUAUUGGCGAUCGAAAAGGACAAAUUCUUGAUGAUGCUAUUCGAACACGAAGACCAAAAACAGUUUUAGAACUGGGUACUUUUCUUGGUUAUAGCUCAUUGAGAAUGGCAAGUCAAUUGCCAGAUGAUGCAUUUAUUAUUUCCAUUGAAAGAAAUCGUCAAUCAGCUGAAAUAGCUCAUACUAUUCAUAAACAUGCGGGUGUAGAAAAACGAAUACAACUUAUCGUUGGUUCAACUGAAAAUGUUAUUCCUCGGUUGACUGAAAAGUAUCAUAUAAAUGCGUUUGAUUUUAUUUUUAUCGAUCAUGAUGGUUCAGCAUAUUUACAUGAUCUUAAGCUAUUAGAACAGUACGGCUUGAUUCAAUCCGGCACUAUGAUUGUAGCUGAUAAUGUUAUCUAUCCUGGUGCACCGAAGUAUUUGCAUUACAUUCGAAAUAAUCCAAAUUACAAAACCAGAUUGUAUGAAUCUACUCUUGAAUAUAACGAUAACGUGCGUGAUGGAGUUGAAAUAUCUGUACGACGAUAG